AUGGUAUUCCCAAUGGUACUGCUCAAAUUAGCAGACUGGCUAGUGUACAAAAUUCUAGCCAACUCAUAUUACAGAGCUGCAACUAAGGUAAGAAAUCAUGGGUUUUUCCAGAGAAAUCCAUCCUUCAGAUCAUCAGCAUCACAACUUCCUCUAUACCCUAGCGUGACCAAAUGUACUCUCGACAAUAGAGGGUCUCAAACUUUGGUUUGUGAUAUCCAUGGUUGCUUACUGAGAUCAAAGUCUUUCUUUCCUUUUUUCAUGUUAGUUGCUUUUGAAGGUGGUAGCAUUUUCAGAGCCUUUUUCUUGCUUUUGUCAUGUCCUUUUUUGUGGGUUUUGGACUUCGAACUCAAACUUAGAGUUAUGAUCUUUAUCACAUUUUGUGGGCUUAAGUUAAAGGAUAUGGAUAAUGUGACAAGGGCUGUUUUGCCUAAGUUCUACCUCGAGGAUCUCAAUCUUCAUGUUUACGAGGUUUUAGCUUCAGCAGGCAAUAGACUUAUCUUUACCAGCUUGCCUAGAGUAAUGGUUGAGGGUUUUCUUAAGGAUUAUCUGAGUGUUCAAACUGUUAAAGGGACCGAGUUGCACACGAGGGGACAGUACUAUACUGGUCUGAUAUCUAGUUCUGGAUUGUUUGUUAAGCAUAAAGCUUUGAAGGAAUUUUGCGGGGAAAAAAUGCCGGAUGUUGGCAUUGGAACUCCAACGCUUCAUGACCAGUUGUUUAUCUCCCAAUGCAAGGAAGCUUAUGUGGUCAUCAAAGAAGAUCCGAAGUCACGCACAAAUUCAGUCAUGCCAAGGGAGAAAUAUCCAAAGCCAUUAGUAUUCCACGAUGGGAGACUAGCAUUUCUACCAACCCCUCUAGCAACCCUCGCCAUGUUCAUGUGGCUUCCUCUUGGAAUACUUCUAGCCAUCUUCAGACUCUUUGUUGGCAUAUUCUUACCCUACAAACUAGCCAUUUUGUUAGGUACAUUGAGCGGUGUCCGCAUCAGAGUCAAAGGCCAUAAUCCAUCAGAAAACUCCCAAAAUGCAAAAGGAGUCCUCUAUGUUUGCACUCACAGAACACUUUUAGAUCCUGUUUUUCUCAGCACAUCUCUUGGGAAACCGUUGACUGCAGUGACAUAUAGUCUAAGCAAAAUGUCUGAAUUUCUGUCACCAAUUAGAACUGUUCGACUAACAAGAAACAGGGAACAAGAUGGUGAAGCCAUGCAGAAAUUAUUAUCUGAAGGAGACUUGGUAGUUUGUCCUGAAGGAACCACAUGCAGAGAGCCAUAUCUCUUGAGAUUUAGCUCCUUGUUUGCAGAAUUGGCCGAUGAAAUUGUGCCUGUGGCCAUGAAUACAAAUGUGACCAUGUUUUAUGGGACAACUGCAAGUGGUCUCAAGUGUUUGGACCCUAUCUUCUUCUUGAUGAACCCUAUGCCUCGCUACAGCAUUCAUGUUCUUCCCAAGGUGCCUAAGGAGUUGACCGUGGCUGGUGGAAAAUCUAGCCAUGAGGUGGCCAAUCAUAUUCAGAGACAAUUGGCUGAUGCCCUGGGAUUUGAAUGCACUACUUUAACAAGGAGGGACAAGUACCUGAUGCUUGCUGGAAAUGAAGGCGUGGUUCAAGAUCGUAGAAAGAAAUCAUGUGGGACUAAAGUACAGAAACAAAAUGUAGCUGAAUUUACUACCCUUGAAGAUUUACAACCUUAG